AUGGACGCAGAAGACUUGAUCGAGUCCAUCAUCAGAGCUUUCAUGUUUCUAGCAGGGAUCCUGGGAAACAACUGGCUGGCGAUACGCUCCCUGCCCGGUCAGAAAUCCAGCAUCCGCACCAACGAGCUUCUUUUCAUCAACCUGGCCGUGUCCAACCUCAUCACCAACUACCUGGUGGACCUGCCCGACACCAUCGCAGAUUUUGCCGGCCGCUGGUUCCUCGGGGAAACCUUCUGCAGCGUGUUCCUUUUUUGUGCCGACCUCUCCCAAACCAGCAGCAUCUACACGACCUUCUUCAUCAGCGCCUACUGGUACCAGAAGCUGGUCGGGUCCCUGAAACGCGGAGGAGCGCCGGUGCAGCUGGACAGCCUGUGUCUGGUGGGAAGUCUGCUGGCCGGGAGCUGGACGGUGGCCAUGAUCUUCAGCAUCCCACAUUUCUUCUUUGUCGCAAUCGAGGGAGCAAACGGGAGCCAUGAAGACUGUGUAGAGGUCUUCCCUAGUGCACUCGCCCAGCAGACCUACGAGAUCUUUUAUUUGACCCUGGCUAAUGCUCUCCCUGUGGCCGGGAUGGUAUUUGCCAGCGUCCGGAUUGUCAUCACUCUGCUUCAAAACCGGCGACGCAUUGAGGGUCAUAACUCUGACGCCGCCAAAGAUGAAAAGAGGAGUACAGAAAACCGAAAGGCUGAGAGAUGUGUCGGCGCCAACUCUGGACCAGGAACCUCAGAGGACCUCAGCGAUUCGGCGUCAGUAAACAUUUACAACGGCGUCCCUGCCGCUUCCUGUCCAAACGGAGCACCGCCUGGUCCCAGUUCCCCCAGCCCUCCUGUCAACAAGGAUGUUCCCAGGCCCAACCAGCCGGCUAAGCCCGCUGCGAGCUCAGGCACUCAGGUGAGGGCAGCCAAGAGCGUGGUGGCGGUUGCCAGCGUGUUCCUGGUCUGCUGGCUGACUCAUCUGCUCCUGCGCAUCACCAACACCAUCCACACGUCCUCGAUGGUGGUGGAGGUGGCCAGCUACAUCGCAGCCUCCUACACCUGCAUCAUCCCCUAUAUAUUCCUGCACGGUGUGAAGAAGCUUUCCUGCUCAUGUAAAAGGUAA